CCGUCAUUAAGAUGGGAAUGCACGAAGAACAAAGCAGCACAAUGGUAAAAUAUCAAGAGAGUAUGGCUCACCUAGGUGAAAGAAGAUGGACUCACGUGUUCCCUUUUCUGGUGGUUUCCCUGGUGUACUCCGCCAGCGCCGAAUACUCCAACUGCGGUGAGAAUGAAUACUACAAUCAGACCACUGGCAUGUGCCACGACUGCCCGAAGUGUGAGCCGGGUGAAGAGCCUUACAUGACAUGUGGAUAUGGCACCAAAGAUGAGGACUAUGGCUGCAUCCCCUGCCCUUCAGAGAAGUUUUCCAGAGGAGGUUACCAGAUAUGCAGGCGGCACAAAGACUGCGAGGGAUUUUUUCGAGCCACAGUACUGACACCUGGCGAUCAGGAGAAUGAUGCAGAAUGUGGGCCAUGUCUUCCAGGUUACUACAUGCUGGAAAACAGACCUCGCAACAUAUACGGGAUGGUUUGCUACUCAUGCUUGUUGGCGCCUCCUAACACCAAGGAAUGUACAGGGGCUACCUCUGGCAUUUCAGCUAUUUUCCCAAGUACCUCUGGCACAAGCACUUUCUCACCUUACCAGCACGCUCACAAAGCAGAUCUUUCAGGACAAGGACAUCUGGCUACAGCUCUUAUAAUUGCCAUGUCUACUAUCUUCAUAAUGGCUAUUGCCAUUGUCCUCAUCAUCAUGUUUUACAUUGUGAAAACAAAACCUUCUGCUCAAGCCUGUUGCAAGAGCCACUCAGUGAAAAAUGUUGAAGCUCAGCCUAACACACAAGAAGAGAAGAAAGAAGUGCAAGAUAACGUUGUGAUAUUUUCUGAGAAAGAAGAGUUUGAAAAACUUACAGCAACUCCAGCUAAGGCUGUUAAAAGUGAAAAUGAUGCAUCUUCUGAGAAUGAACGACUUUUAAGUCGUAGUAUGGAUAGCGAUGAAGAGGCAGCAGUUGACAAGCAAGGGACUCCAGAGAGAUGCUUAUUAUCUUUAGUACAUUUGGCCAGAGAUAAAUCUUCUACAAACAAUAAAUCAACUGGGAUUCAAAGUCGAAGGAAAAAGAUACUUGAUGUGUAUGCUAACGUCUGCGACGUUGCAGAAGGUCUGAGCCCUACAGAGCUGCCAUUUGAUUGCCUGGAGAAGACCAGCCGAAUGCUCAGCUCAACCUACAACACAGAAAAAGCCAUAGUGAAAACGUGGCGCCACCUUGCUGAGAGCUUUGGACUGAAGAGGGAUGAGAUAGGUGGUAUGACAGAUGGCAUGCAGCUAUUUGAUCGCAUCAGCACAGCAGGCUACAGCAUUCCAGAACUGCUAACCAAACUGGUGCAAAUCGAGCGGUUGGAUGCUGUCGAAUCCUUGUGUGCAGAUAUUUUGGAGUGGGCACAAGCAAUGCCUGCUCCUGAACCAGCAGGGACAUCCUGACACGCCUGCCUGGGACGCAUGUUUUCACAUCACUUACGGCAACCGUGAUUCCAGCAAGUACCACAUCAAAGACUUUAGACAAAAGACCAUUGAUGUUUCUGCUACGUAAUUGCUUCUGUGAUACCCAACGAGAAGCUCUUCUCUUUAUCUUCUAGAAAAAAUGAAGUUACCUACUAAAAGAAGAGCAGAAAUCUCCCAAGAAGCUUGGUAUGAAACAUGUCAUUAAACAAAAUGGUCAUGUUAAACAGUUACUGAUAAUAUGUGGACAGAGAAGCAUCUGUUUUGCAGUCUGUGUAUGAGUAUAUGUGCAGGUAACUCUGCUGGUACCUUUCUUGCCUGGCCUUCAAGAAAGCCACUGGAUUACUCUCUGAAAAUAUUCCUCUCUCUUAGGGAUUUGUUCAAUGUUUUAGUAUCUACGGUCAAAAGCAGUACCACAGCCACAGUAUCAAUUAAUACACAUUAGGCAUGCACAUUUCUCUCGGCUCUAACACGUUUAGUAUGUAACCAGUUUCAUUUUCUGUAGUUACUAUGGUUUUGUUGAAUCUGGAAGUAUGUGCAUAUGUAUAUAUACACAGUCCUCAGAUUAUCUAACUACACUAUAUGAAAAAGAGCCAGCAUAAUUUGCAGAUUGAAGUGCUUCAAAACGCUGUUCAUAAUGCAUCUAAAUGCACCCUUGGUCCAUACUGACAUUUCAGAAACUGUAAAUUCAAACUACUGGCAUGCAGAGGACAAGCUUGGUAGCAAAACAACCUGGUUUGGGGGUAGCAAAAGGUGGCGGUCACUCAUUGUAAGUUGAGCGCAACAAGUUCUUUUCUUUACUGUGACAAAAAUGAAGCAAAAAAUAUCCAGCUUGUCCAUUACCAUGAAAAAACGCAUUUUUCCAGUAGUGACAUCUCUAUAUCAGCUUAUAUUCCACGCAGAGGAAUUUCAGACUACAGUGGUGUAUGUUUGACACUAAGGACAAAAAGAGUAGAUCUCUUUAGAGCCACUUGAAGUGGGUUUUAAAUGCUAUAAUCUUGUAAAUGUAGACCAUGAACAUGAACACAGAUCCAUAGGUGAAAACCAACUCCUCUGGAAAGUAAAGCAUUAUUGUGAGUUUGUGUACAACAAAACCUGACUUUAUUCUUUUUAGCUAAUCUCUGAUUUUCACAGUUAAAAGUUCUCUAAAACUUGUUCAGACCAGAAAUCGGUAGCUGUUACCAAAUCUAUUUGCUUAAUUUAUAGCUAAAAUAAGUGAUGACAAAUUUCAACAAGUACAAGCAGUAAAUUAAGAGAUGUGUCAGUUAGAAAGCAAACUUUUUAAACCCCAAAAUGCACGACUGAACAAAAUGCUAUAAAAUAUUAACUAUAAUCCUGAAGAUAACAACCAGUAUUCCAUCUCUUAAUAACAAGAUCUUAUCUAUGAUAGUAUCUUAAUUGUGCAGAAUAUAUAGUAUCACCUUUAAACAUCUACAUUUACUAUCUUUUCAGUACAUAAUUUGUAUAGCUGAGGAAGUACAUACUGAACGUAAAACCUAAACCUAUCCUACUCGUUAUUCUUCUUCCACCAUUUCUUUCAUGUCAUAACACACUCUUCAUUAAUUUGCAUAUGCCAAAUUUGAUGAGAAUUUUGACUUUUCUUUAAAUGGAAGCAGCAAGCUGCGUUUAUUUGAAUAUUUAGUGAGAUAAUCAGUGUUUACUGUAGAGGUGCAAUUCUUACUGUCUUGAAAUCAAUGACAAAUUAAUGCAGAUUUCGACGGGCUUCAAUAAGAUUUCUAGAUUUCCUGACAACUUGGCAAUCUUCAAGAUUUUCAAGACCCUGAAUUUACAGUUUAGGAACAGUGCUACUAAAAUGAAAGAAAGGGAAAGCAAAAAAAAAAAAAAAAAAAAAAAGGGAAUAUUCUAUUUUUUUUUUCUUGUGCCAGUGUGUAACUACAGUGUUAUUCAGUAGACAGUCUCCUGUAUUUUGUUUCAUUUGAUAGUACACACCAUUUAUUUGUGAAAAGAGAUACAGGAGUCCUCUUUUUUAUGCUUUUUUGGGCCUUGAAAAGUUAGGGUCUUCAAAGUAAUGGUGCCAAUGUGAACACAGACUAUUUAACGUUAUUUUAUUUAGUAUACAAUAUUUUUAUUGUUACACAAAAGAUGUACAGGAAUUAAAAGAAACUUCCCGUAGAUCUUGCCAAAAUUUACUUUCUAAUAAUUUUGUUUAAUGCUGUAUAUAUAACUUAUUAUAUUGUAAAAUAUGAACAUAAAAUAUGCUAAUAAAAGAAAGAGAUCAAA